UGCGCCGAGGGUGUGACCGGGUGGAAGCGAGCGCCGCGCUUCGCCUCAGCCGCUGGGUGGCUGCGGGCGGCCGGCCUCGGAGGGUGGCCAGGGCCCGCAGCCCAGGGAUCGAGCGGAACAGCGACGGAGGCAGGGUCGGCGGGGAGGGAGAGGUCGCGUCCGCGCGGGCUCAGUCUGCCCCCUUUCCCAGGCGCCCGCGUCGUGCCGCGGACCCGGCUGAGCGCAUCACGAAGUCGUUUCGAUCCUUCCUUUCAGCUUCGCGGUGGGUAUUAUCAUCCCCUUUCAGACAGGCGCAGAGGCCAAGGGUCUGGGCCGAGGUCUAACGUUCGUACUGCAUUUUGCCGAUCAGCAAGCACUUUGAUGUCUAGUCUACAAACGUCUUCAUUUUAGAGACAAUUACAGAGAUGUCUUGCAAAAAUCCUAAAGAGUUAAUUAAAAAUAAAUGGGGACUAAAGCCUAGUAACUCCAAAUCAGAAAUUGCACUAGAAAAAUUUAGGGGAGAAAGUACAGCCUUAAAAACAUCGGUGGAUGAAAUCACAAGCAGAAAAGGAAAUCUGACUGAUAAAGACAGACACAGACUUCUGGAGAAAAUUCAAGUGUUUGAAGCUGAAAGGGAGAAGUAUGUUCAUCACCUCACAGAGAAGGACAAAGAAAUUCAGCUACUCAGAGACCAGCUGAGAGCCAAACAUUGUACUACUGAGUUGUUUGAACAGCUGGAAGAGAAGACAAAGGAAGGUGAAAGGAGGGAACAGCUGUUGAAAUCCCUGUCGGAAGAGACAGAUGUGUUGAAAAAGCAGUUGUCUGCUACAACUGCAAAACUUGCUGAACUUGAAAGCAAAGAGAGUACGCUUCAUUUAUCACAGAAUGUGGCUACAAGCUGCUUUAACUUAUCAAUGAAUAAUAUUCAGGAAGUGGAAAUACAGCUGAAAGAUGCUCUGGAGAAAAAUCAGCAGUGGCUUGUGUAUGACCAGCAGCGAGAGGUCUACGUAAAAGGACUUCUAGCAAAGAUCUUUGAGUUGGAACAGAAAUCAGAAACAGCUGCUCAUUCACCCCCACAGCAGACAAAAAAGACUGAGUCAGAAGGUUAUCUUCAAGAAGAAAAGCAAAAAUAUUACAACUGUCUGUUGGCAGAUGCAAAAAAAGAUCUUGAGGUUGAACGACAAACCAUAACUCAAUUGAAUUUUGAACUUAGUGAAUUUCGAAGAAAGUAUGAAGAAACCCAAAAAGAAGUUGAAGAUUUAAAUCAACUGUUGUGUUCACAAAGAAAGGCAGGCGUACAACAUCUGGAAGAUGAUAGGCUUAAAGCAGAGAAAAUACAAAGGCUCAAGGUAGAGAACGAUCUUACUAGGGAAAAACUUGAAAAAGAGAAGAAGAGAUCUGAAGAGCUCUUAUCUCAGGUCCAGUUUCUUUACACGUCUCUGCUAAAGCAGCAAGAAGAACAAACAAAGGUAGCCCUGUUGGAACAGCAGAUGCAGGCAUGUACUUUAGACUUUGAAAAUGAAAAACUUGACCGUCAAAAUAUGCAGCAACAAUUACAUGUAAUUCUUAAGGAGCUCCGAAAAGCAAGGAGUCAGAUAACACAGUUGGAAUCCUUGAAGCAGUUUCGUGAGCUUGCCUUCACAGAGCCACUUGUGGCUGUCCAAGGAGAGGCUGAAAGCAAAGGGAAAGUCGCCUUACCGAAAAGCCCCGUUGUGGUACUGAAUGAAAGCCUGGUGGAAUGUCCCAAGUGCAAUAUACAGUAUCCAGCCACUGAACACCGAAACCUACUCCUCCAUGUCGAAUACUGUUCAAAGUAGCAAUGUAGUUAUUCUUUGUUUCUGUGCCAAAAAAUUCAAUACUGUAUCUUAUGUUAGCUUAUGGACAUUUUGAAUUACUUAUUUUACCUCUUACGUAAGAAACUGCCUAUCUACCUUUGAGACUCUGGCAUUGGAGUCAGUCAUAGGCUGCUCUACAAUAAGGCUUCCCUGAGAUGCUUCAUCUUCAGGCUUAAGUGACAGAAUGUGGAGAGCAGCAUCUGUGAGAUGACUGACAUUUUGCACUGUGAAAGUACAUGAUGGAGAAAACAUAGUUCAGCUUAUUGCUUGUGGGUUAAAUCUGUUGCACCAGCAAGCAGAUAUCUUCUGUUUCAUGGGUUUUUAAAAAUCAAAGGUAAUUACCCAAGGGUCUGUAUUAGCAUUUUAUAUCCAAAUAGUAAGCCUACAAUUGUGAUUUUAGUGUCCAUUGUUAAAAAAGGAUGGUGAUAUUGUCUAUGUGUUUUUCCUUGAUGUUGUAGAGCGGUUCCUAGGAAAUUUGAGAAUUUUCUUACUCUUUAUUGCUGCUUACUGUUGAAAGUGUAAACCUAGCUAUGUUCAAAGCACAAAGCAGAUUCUGCUUAAGGAAUACUUCUAAGUAGCCCCAAAGGAUGUUUUCUCUUUUAUUAACUGACUAUAACUUUAACUUGAAUUUCAUUAGCACAUGUUGUUCUGCUCAAACUGUUAAAAUGAAUUUUAACAAAACCAUCUAGCCUUUUCAUUAUAUCUGCAGGCAUUUUAUUUACUUAUUUUUGGCACUCUUACUUAAAGUUGAGCAAUGUAAUGAGCAGGUGUUUGCUUUAUCUGAGUGUAUAUUUUACAUGUGUGUAAACCCAAAAAAUUUCUUGUUCAUGUUUUUUAAAAAUACUUAAUACUGUGCUACUGUUAGUAAUAUGAAGGAGAAAAUAAUAAAAUUAUUU